GGGGUCAUUCUUCUUCUUUGUUCCGCGCGUGUGCUCCACUCUCUCUUCCUCUCCCAGUCAAACCCCCUCCUUUCAUUUCGUACCUGCUCUCUCUUUAAAACCCAUCCUCUCCUGGGUUUAGGGUUUUAGGUUGAAGCAAUCAAUUCGGUUUCUUAGCGUAGUAAGCAAUUUGGGAUUUGAAACGAUGAUGAUAGAUGAUAACAACAACGCUAAGGAUGGGAAGAAGGGCUUCAUCACCGAAGAAGACACCGCCACUCUCUUACAGAGGUACUCGGCGGCGACGAUACUGGCAUUGCUGCAGGAAGUGGCACACUUGAUGCAGUCGGAGAAGAUCAACUAUGAUGAGUUGGUGGCCAAGACUACGACUGGGAUCACAAAUGCUAGAGAGUAUCAGAUGCUUUGGCGACAUCUGGCUUAUAGGGAGCCUUUGCCUGACAAAUUUGACGACGGAGAAGCUCUUAUGAGAAACUUGGAAUAUAAUGAUGUUCAUGGAGAUCUAUCAAUCUUGCUGAAGUUUCUGGUCCCAGAGUUUAGUGCAUGCCAUAUAAAUGAUGUAGACAGUGACUACGAAUAUGAUGUGGAAGUUGCUCCUCCUGUUACUGCUGAUGCUUCAACAGAGGCUGCAGCAUGUGUGAAGGUCCUUAUGGCUUCUGGUUUACCAAGUGAUUCCAGUCAUCUGAACGGUACAACGGUGGAGGCUCCAUUGACAAUAAAUAUACCUAAUGGCCAGUCAUCUAAAGCACAUGAACCAUCUAUUUCAGCAAGAGGCGUGAACAUUACAGUUCCGGUUUCUAUUCAGAAACAGACCUUUCCUGCAACAACAACUACUGCAGUAGCGAAAGUUGAAGGAGAUGAUGCAAAUAAAGCAGCUAGCAAUACCAUGGCUCCUCGGAGGAAAAGAAAAAAGUGGUCAGAGGAGGAGGAUUUGGAACUGAUAUCUGCUGUGAACAUAUAUGGUGAAGGAAAUUGGACCCAAAUUGUAAAAGCAAACUUCAAAGGGGAUAGAACUGCUAAUCAGUUAUCUCAGAGAUGGGGUAUUGUUAAGAAGCGACAGAGAAAGUCGGGUCCGGGAGAAGGAGAUAAAGGCACACAGUCCGUUAAAAAGGAGGCAUUGCUGGCAGCUCACCAGGCAAUAACCCAUUUUUUGGAUAGUGGGUCGAACAGAACACUUAUUACAGUGGGCACUGGUGGAACAAAUGUAAACAUCAAUACUGCUGAAACAAAUGCAAACAAUGAGUCUGGUGUAACAAAUGGAAUACACAACUCUGGGCUGCAGACUACUACUGCUGAAGGCCUUAAUGCAAAAAAGACGAAUCGGAUGGGAUCAUUCGGUCCGACUCCUAAAGGUCGAAUUACCUCCAAGAAAACCUUGCCAAAGUCUAAUAUGAAUUUAGAUCCCUUAAGUGCAACUGCGGUUGCUGCUGGGGCACGCAUUGUCUCUCAGUCAGAUGCUGAACUGCUCAAGGCUGCUGCUCAAGCAAAGAACGCUAUACAUAUCAUGCCUCAAACAGGGGGUUCUAUCAAAUCAUCUACCGUGCAUCACAUUCGUACUAACCCCGCUGCGACACUACCUUCCACCCAUCCAACCACUAGACACCCUGGGUCUGUAAAAGCUGUACCCCAGACAAGUCAGCAAGCUUUAAAUAUUGACACAUCCAGAAACAUCACUGGGGUUAACAGUAGCCCAGCUGCUGAAGUCUUACCAAAGCCGGUCCAAAUUGGGGAACAUCUCUCUGGGAGUGAACAGAUUCAAGAAGGUAAAGUGGAGUCACCAAAGCAGACAGCUGUGUCAGAAAGUUUAUUAACCGAUGCUCAGAAUCCUGCUGCUUCAUUGGACACUAAGAAAGAUGAGAGUAAUGAUAAAGCCAUUACAGGUGAUGAGAGAAAGGUGGUAUAAGAAGGGUGAUGAUCAAUAGGCUGCAAAUGUUGAAGACCAAAACACAACACAGGAACAGGCAACACAGAUGUUUCUGACAGGGAUCUUGUGAAAAUUUUGUACAUUUAGAUGCUUUUAGGAACUCUUAGAAAUGAAACAAUGUGGAUGGAUAAUCUUUUUGAAUGAUGUAAAGUCUUGCCUAUUUCGGAUGGCAAUUGGUAUUGUGCAUUCUAGUGUCCAAGUUCUGUUCCUGUGGUGUAUUGGGCUUUCCUUUUUAAAAGAAAUUGGCAUGGUGCAUUCUACUGUCCAAGUUCUGUUCCUGUGGUCUAUGGGUUUUCCUUUCGAAAGGGUUUGUCUGAUCGUCUCCUAUGUCAUUAGAUUUUGUUCCUCACUAGCAGAUUUUACAAU